GACCCGGCCUGAACCCCGACAGGGCAGCAGCUCCGCCCUCCGCGCGCGGAGUCCUAGCCCACCCGGCCCAGCGACGCGCGGCGGGUUCUCGGACUGGCACUUGCAGCCGCCGCGGCCAUUUUGGAUGAGGGCUGGAAGACAAAGCGACCGGGAAAUACCCGGCUGGCAUCACCGUGGGCAUGACGGCGUGGGAGCAAAGUUCGAGAGGCCGUGUUGCCGCCAUUUUUAUGAAGGCAUCUCCCGGUUCUGACAAUGUAUCCGUCGCUCUCAGUUCUCAUCCACUCCAGUGGGCCCAGGAGAGGCCCGGUCUUGCCCUGUCUGGGUCCUAAUUCCCGCCCUCCGAACCCUGAGCCCGGGCUGGGGAAGCGUUCUUAAGCGCGGGACGCUCGGCAGAGCCAGGUUCGGUAGGGGGAGGUGGCUGGCCUGUCGCCGGAGCUGGCAGUUUCCAUGGCGCCGCCUCUGGCUCCUGUCCCCGCCUGGGAACCGAAUGGGGCCGGGACCGAGUGCAGGGAGCCCGGGACCGUGAGCUUCGCGGACGUGGCCGUGUACUUCUCCCUGGAGGAGUGGGGGUGCCUGCGGCCGGCGCAGAGGGCGCUGUACCGGGACGUGAUGCGCGAGACCUACCUCCACCUGAGCGCUCUCGGAGGCGGAGGCACCAAGCCAGCGCUCAUCUCCUGGGUGGAGGAAGAGGCCGAACUGUGGCAUCCGGAUGCCCAGGAUCCCGAGGUCGCCAAGUGCCCAACAGAAGCAGAUACAGCAGAUUCCAGAAACAAGGAAAUAAAAAGGGAAAGGGAAGAGCCAGAAGCACUGGAGAAGACACUUUCUGUGGACUCUGCAAUUCCUGGGCAGAAGGUCCCCCAACCAUCCUCAGCUGGGUUCCUUUCCGGCUUAGAGAGGCGGUCCAAGGUCCGUCACCGGGGUCGCCCUCCGCUCCGUGCCCACCCAUCUGUCCCACGAGCAGAUCAGCGUCAUGGCUGCUAUGUGUGCGGCAAGAGUUUCGCCUGGCGCUCCACACUGGUGGAACAUCUCUACACCCACACAGGAGAGAAGCCCUUCUGCUGCCCUGACUGUGGCAAGGGCUUUGGCCGGGCUUCCUCCCUGAGUAAGCACCGGGCCAUCCACCGAGGGGAGCGGCCCCACCGCUGCCCCGACUGUGGCAGGGCCUUCACGCAGCGCUCCGCCCUCACUACCCACCUGCGCGUCCACACCGGCGAGAAACCCUACCGCUGUGCUGACUGUGGCCGCUGCUUCAGCCAGAGCUCUGCCCUUCACCAGCAUCAGCGGGUGCACAGCGGCAAGACCCCUUUCCCCUGCACAGACUGUGGCCGGGCCUUUGCCCACGCCUCAGACCUUCGGCGCCAUUUGCGCACCCACACAGGCGAGAAGCCCUACCCAUGCCCAGACUGUGGGCGAUGUUUCCGGCAGAGCUCUGAAAUGGCAGCCCAUAGGCGUACCCAUAGUGGCGAGCGACCCUACCCCUGCCCUCAGUGUGGCAGGUGCUUUGGCCAGAAGUCAGCCAUGGCCAAGCAUCAGUGGGUCCAUCGGCCAGGAGCUGGGGUCCGCAGGGGCCGGGGGGCUAGUGGGUUGCUUGUGACCCUGGAUCCUGGCCCAGGGGACCUGGACCCACCUGUAAGCUUUCAGCUUUAUCCAGAGAUAUUCCAGGAGUGUGGGGGACAGGCAGAGGGUGAAGAUCUAGACCUAGUCUGAAGCCCCAGAUGAGCUCAGGGGCAUCAACUUCUGUGGUGACCUCUAGGGAAGUCACAGAAUUUGUAAUUAAAAGCUGAACCUGGGGACUGAGGAUGGUCUUACAGGCCUCACCAGCUUCAUCUGCUGAUGCAUUGCUCCCUGCUCCCCAGGUUCUAGAAGCUCUCCCCCUCUCAUUUGAGGUAGGGCUGUAUAACCCUCACUGGACCUCCCUUUGGGGGAAAAAAGGCAGUUUUUCAGCUCAGAAGUAUCAAGAGGAUUGAAGUCAAAGAGAACCUUGUUUGACCAAUUGUCUCUUUAAUGUAGAAGUUAAAACUCACUGCUGCAUCUUGAAUCAGGGCUGACCCAGGCAGCAUUUUUAGUGUUAUAAAUUAGCAACCUAAGAUUUUUAAAUCUCAAGAGGCUGCGGCAGGAGGAUUGCAAGUUUGAGGACAGCUUCAGUAAGUUAGGGAGACCCUGUCUCAAACAAAAAAUUGAAAAGGGCUAGCAUGGGCAAAGUUCUAGUUUCAAUCCCCAGCACCACAUAAUAAUGAUAAUAAAAAUCAGGGUAUUUCACACAAAAAUCUAGGUUUCUAGCUUCUCUUGAGAAGUCCAAAGAUUUGGCAAGUUGACCUAACCUAAGUUCCCAUUAAACCAUAGCUGGCAGAAGCAGAUCAACAGCUGCUUCCUCAGUGAAGCCAGAGCUCUCUAUAAGCACAGCCCACACUCCUUAUCAGCUCCUGACAGCUGAUAAGCCAUUAACCAUGGCUUGCUUUUUAGUGUUUUCAGUGUUUUUCUUAAAGCAAAAAGAUAAAGUAAAUUGUUUCUUGAACCAA